GCGGCGAAGGUUCUUUUCCCAGCGUGCACCGCUCUGUGCUGCGUCAUCGACGCCCGGGCGCAAACGGGGCUAGUCUCUGCGUGGCCGGCUCCGGGUGCGGUCGACGUGCGUUCAGUUCCGCGAUUCUUCGUCAUGGCCUCUGCUGGGACUCACGUUUCUCCUGCCGUCGCGGGCGCCCCGCUCUCCUCAGCGCCGCCUCCUCCUCCUCUUCCUCCUCCUGCUGCUCCCCCCGCCGGGAUUCUGAUCGGCGACCGGGUGUACUCGGAGGUGUCGCUGACUAUCGACCACUCGCUCAUCCCCGAGGAGCGGCUCUCGCCGACUCCUUCCAUGCAGGACGGGCUGGAGUUGCAGAGUGAAACCGACCUCCGGAUCCUGGGCUGCGAGCUCAUCCAGUCCGCGGGCAUACUCCUUCGUCUGCCACAGGUGGCGAUGGCGACCGGGCAGGUGCUGUUCCAUCGUUUCUUCUACUCCAAGUCCUUCGUCAAGCACAGUUUCGAGAUUGUGGCUAUGGCCUGCAUUAAUCUUGCUUCCAAAAUUGAAGAAGCUCCCCGUCGGAUAAGAGAUGUGAUCAAUGUUUUCCAUCACUUACGCCAACUAAGAAUAAAAAGGACUCCAAGCCCAUUGAUACUUGAUCAGAACUACAUAAACACCAAAAAUCAAGUAAUCAAAGCAGAAAGGAGGGUGCUGAAGGAAUUGGGAUUUUGUGUUCAUGUCAAGCAUCCACAUAAGAUCAUUGUUAUGUACUUGCAAGUCUUAGAAUGUGAACGUAAUCAAACUCUCGUCCAGACAGCCUGGAAUUACAUGAAUGACACUCUUCGAACCAAUGUAUUUGUUCGAUUUCAACCAGAAACAAUAGCUUGUGCUUGCAUCUAUCUUGCUGCUAGAGCUCUUCAAAUUCCUUUACCUAACCGUCCUCAUUGGUUUUUGCUUUUUGGAACUACUGAAGAAGACAUUCAGGAGAUAUGUUUAGCAACACUUAAGCUUUACACUAGGAAAAAGCCUAAUUAUGAAUUGCUUGACAAGGAAGUAGAAAAAAGAAAAAUGGCUCUACAGGAAGCUAAAUUAAAAGCCAAAGGAUUAAAUCCAGAUGGAACUCCAGCUCUUUCAACAUUGGGAGGCUUUUCACCUGCUUCCAAGCCCUCGUCUCCAAGAGAAAUAAAAACAGAAGAAAAAUCUCCAGUGUGUAUUAAUGCAAAAACUAUCAAAAAAGAGCCAGAAGACAGGCAGAUGGUUUCCAAAAGUCCUUAUAAUGGAAUGAGAAAAGAGAGCAAGCGAAGCAGAAGCAGCAGAAGUGGUAGCCGAUCAAAGUCAAGAACAAAAUCACGAUCCAGGUCUCACUCUCCAAGGAGACAUUACAACAAUAGACGGAGUCUCUCGGGAACCUACAGCUCAAGAUCCAGAAGCAGAUCACGUAGUCACAGUGGCAGCCCUCGAAGACACCAUAAUCAUGGAUCACCCCAUCUAAAACCAAAGCACAGCAGAGAAGAACUGAAAGGAGUAAAUAGACACAGUCACAAGCGAAAAAAGUCUCGUUCACGUUCUCAGAGCAAACCUAGGGACCAUUCAGACCUCGUUAAGAAACAUAGACACGAGCGAGGACACCACAGAGACAGGCGAGAAAGGUCUCGUUCAUUUGAGAGAUCACAUAAAAGCAAGCACCAUGGUGCUGGCCGUUCAGGACAUAGCAGGCACAGGCGCUGAAUGUGGGUGCAUUGCUUAUUACCUUUGUUUGGAUGUUAUACAAGGUAUGGGACUCUUUGAAACUUGAAGUCAAUUAGGAUUUAAUUUGAAGCCCAGAAUGUAAGACACGUUCAAAAAAAAUGUUGAAUUUUUGCACAUAAAAUACCUUAGCAGUAUCAUCUAAUUUGAAACAAUAAUCAGGUUAAAUUGUAUGUGUUUAGGAUUGUGGUAUCAAUAUGAAAACUGGAGAUCUGUUUCUGUACAAAUGUAUCUUAUUUUUAUACAAACAUUGCAGACAUUUCUAUUUAAGUAUAGUUAUUUGUUUAAGAUAAUGGUGGGUACUUUCUUACACUGGUUUUAGUCUGCAUGUGUAAAUUUUUUUACAAAAAAUAAAAUAAAAUAUACAACUUUUUACUACCCUGCUGAAUACCUCAUUAAACAAUCUUUUGUCAAA